GGAGAGAUACGAGCUUUCAGGCCAUAAAGAAUUAAACUGUCUGCAACUCAGAUUUGUCAUCUUAAAACGGGGGCUAUGCUUCUUGCCUAUGGUAUAGAAUGGGAAAGCACUUUCUAAACUUGAAAUGCAAGGGGCUCUUACCCUUAAGUUCAGUUUGUGAGGCAGACACUCCUCUCUGAUGGAGUCAUUACCUUCACAGCCUUGGGUGGGAUCGUAUGUUGCAUAUAAAUCUGGACCAAAAUGCCACCUUUAUGUUUUGUUUAGCUCCAGAACAAAGGACUGAAAGAUUACUGCUUUGAUUAUAACCCUCCCAGUGAAAACCAAAUCGUAGGACACCAGGUCCUUCUGUACCCCUGUCAUGGAAUGGGUCAGAACCAGUUUUUCGAGUACACGUCCCAGAAGGAAAUACGCUAUAACACCCACCAGCCAGAGGCCUGCAUCACUGUGGAGGCAGGAACGGAUGCCCUCGUCAUGCAUCUCUGCCAGGAAACUGCCCCAGAGAAUCAGAAGUUCAUCUUGCAGGAGGAUGGUUCGUUAUUUCAUGUACAGUCCAAUAAAUGCAUUCAGGCUGAGAGGAAGACGUUCAGUAGUGACAGUUUCGUACCCCUCUUGCGGGACUGCACCGACUCCGAACAUCAGAAAUGGUUCUUCAAGGAACACAUGUGAUAAAGUGUCACGGUACAAGGAGCUCAUGGAAGGAGUGGGAAGGCCCCUGGACUCUGCCCAAGAGAGACUUAGCAGAGUCCAGUGACAGACCCACCCCAAAGCUGGCUGCUUUCCUUUGAUAAGAAAGUUACUUAAAACCUGUGAAAGUGAUGUUGGAUUUAAGAAGCUUUUUACUGAUUUUGAAAACUUCAGAAUUGCUCCUAAAUACCCUAUUUUCAAAGGGUAGUCAUAAAAUGUUAACUCUUGGUAUUCAGAGAAUUAAAACCUUUAAAUAUUUUUCUAUCAA